GCGCGCGCGAGGCCCUGGGUUCCCGGCGAGGAGGCCGCGGGAGCGCCCGGACCCGGCCCGCCAGCCCGGCCCCCGCCCGGCCCCCGCCCCGGCCCCGGCGGGGGAGGGGUCUCUGAGCGCGGCCCCUCCCCCCUGCGCCCAAACCUGCGCUGCGGUGUCUCCACCCCGCGUGUCCCCGUCUGUCCGUCCGUCCUCGCCCAGGCCUCGCCCCACCCCGGCCCCAGGGGCUGCCUUGCCACCACCCCCCCACCGCAUUCGCCUCCCUCCCUCCGGGCCAGUCCCCGCCGCCAGGGAAGCAAGCUGGGACCAAGCUGCCCCAAAUCCAGGGCCAGCACCCCGACAUCAGUGGCCUGCACCCCGAGAUUGGAUCCAGAGAUCUGGAAACCUGAGCCUGAAACCUUGAUCUGGGGCUGGGACCCCAAGACCUGGCGCCUGAACACCUACUGUCUGGGGCUGGAAUCUCAACAUCGACUUGGAACCCCAAGACUUGGAAUAUGGACCUCCAAAUUUGGAAACUGAACCUCAAGAUUUCUCAUCUAAAGCCCCAAAUCUGAAACUGAACUCUGAAUGCUGUGCCUGGGACCUUGAAAUCUGGGACCAAAUUCCCAUAUCUAUACUCCGGAACCCCCUAUUUGGGACCCAAACCCUGAGAUUUAGGCCUCAAAUUCCAAGAUCUGAACUCUGGCAUUCCAAGGGGCCUAAGCCUGUGCUAGAGCCUGAAGUCCUUGCUGAAAACCCGAAUGCUGAAAUUGAGGGCUAGAGACCUCCAAAUCUUUAUUUGGCACCCCAGUUCUGAACCCGGCACCCCAGUAUUGGAUCCCAGGACUGGGCUUGAGACUCAGACCUAAAGUCUCCAUUUGGCUGUUUAGCAUCCCAAGACCAGAGCUAGGAGCCACUGGCUCUGACCAACCAAAACUGGAGCCUGGGUCUCUAAAAUUGGUCCCUAGAGGCCAUAUAUUUAAAGAUCUAGGACCCCAAGUAUCAAGGUCUAGAGACUCCAUGGCCACAGAUCUGGGCUGAGACACAACACAGUCCCUCUACAGAGGCCUUGGGAACAGAGAAGGCAUGACCAGGUCCCCCCACCAGAGCCCUGACUCCUGACCCCUUGGAGCCUGAGGACUCUGCUCCCUGGGGCGACUUCCAGCUCAGGCCACCCCUGCCCGCAAUGGCCGUCCUCCCACUGCUCCUCUGCCUGCUGCCGCUGGCCCCUGCCUCGUCUCCAUCGCAGCCAGCCACACCCAGCCCGUGUCCCCGCCGCUGCCGCUGCCAGACGCAGUCCUUGCCCCUCAGCGUGCUGUGCCCGGGGGCAGGCCUUCUGUUCGUGCCCCCCUCGCUGGACCGCCGGGCCGCCGAGCUGCGCCUGGCGGACAACUUCAUUGCGGCCGUGCGCCGCCGCGACCUGGCCAACAUGACCGGCCUGCUGCAUCUGAGCUUGUCGCGGAACACCAUCCGCCACGUGGCCGUGGGUGCCUUCGCGGACCUGCGUGCCCUGCGGGCCCUGCACCUGGACGGAAACCGGCUGACCUCGCUGGGCGAGGGUCAGCUGCGCGGCCUGGUCAAUUUGCGCCAUCUCAUCCUCAGCAACAACCAGCUGGCGGCCCUGGCGGCCGGUGCCCUGGACGACUGCGCCGAGACGCUGGAGGACCUGGACCUCUCCUACAACAACCUGGAGCAGCUGCCCUGGGAGGCCUUGGGUCGCCUGGGCAACGUCAACACGUUGGGCCUCGACCACAAUCUGCUGGCGUCUGUGCCCGCCGGCGCCUUCUCCCGCCUGCACAAGCUGGCGCGACUAGACAUGACCUCCAAUCGCCUGACCACCAUCCCACCCGACCCGCUCUUCUCCCGCCUGCCGCUGCUGGCCAGGCCCCGCGGCUCCCCUGCCUCCGCCCUGGUGCUGGCCUUCGGCGGAAACCCACUGCACUGCAACUGCGAGCUGGUGUGGCUGCGGCGCCUGGCCCGGGAGGACGACCUGGAGGCCUGCGCCUCCCCGCCUGCGCUGGGUGGCCGCUACUUCUGGGCUGUGGGUGAGGAGGAAUUCGUGUGUGAGCCCCCCGUGGUGACUCACCGCUCACCACCCCUGGCGGUGCCUGCAGGCCGACCAGCUGCUCUGCGCUGCCGGGCAGUGGGGGAUCCAGAGCCCCGCGUGCGCUGGGUGUCACCCCAGGGCCGGCUGGUGGGCAACUCGAGCCGUGCCCGUGCCUUCCCUAAUGGGACAUUGGAGCUACUGGUCACUGAGCCGGGCGACGGGGGUAUUUUCACUUGCAUUGCAGCUAAUGCAGCCGGUGAGGCCACUGCCGCUGUUGAGCUGACUGUGGGUCCCCCACCACCUCCCCAGCUAGCCAACAGCACCAGCUGUGACCCCCCGCGGGACGGGGAUCCUGAUGCCCUCACCCCGCCCUCUGCCGCCUCUGCCUCUGCCAAGGCAGCUGACCCUGGGCCCCCUACCGACCGUGGGGUCCAGGUGACUGAGCAUGGGGCCACAGCUGCUCUUGUCCAGUGGCCGGACCAGCGGCCCAUCCCAGGCAUCCGCAUGUACCAGAUCCAGUACAACAGCUCAGCCGACGACAUCCUCGUCUACAGGAUGAUUCCAGCCGACAGCCGCUCCUUCUUAUUAUCGGACCUGGCGUCCGGCCGCACCUACGAUCUGUGCGUGCUGGCGGUCUACGAGGACAGCGCCACGGGGUUGACCGCCACUCGGCCGGUGGGCUGCGCCCGCUUCUCCACUGAGCCGGCGCUGCGGCCAUGCGGGUCCCCGCACGCACCCUUCCUGGGCGGCACCAUGAUCAUCGCCCUCGGUGGAGUCAUCGUGGCCUCGGUACUGGUCUUCAUCUUCGUGCUGCUUAUGCGCUACAAGGUGCACGGAGGCCAGCCCCCCGGCAAGGCCAAGGCGCCUGCACCCGUCAGCAGCGUUUGUUCGCAGACCAACGGCGCCCUGGGCCCCACACCGGCCCCGCCCGCCCCUGAGCCCGCCGCGCCCAGGGCCCACACCGUGGUCCAGCUGGACUGUGAGCCCUGGAGGCCCAGCCACGAACCCACGGGACCCUAGCCUCACGCCCACCUCUACGGCCCUUCUGGCCCCAAGGGUGGGAGGAGCCAGGCACCCGGUGGGACCUGGCCUCAGACUCACCAAAUUGCUCACGGUUUUUAAAACUCUGAUGGGGAGGGUGUCGGGGGCACCGGGGCACAACAAGAAAGUCCUAUUUUUCUAAGCUGGGGCUUAGGCCCUUGCCCUUGUCUCUGUCUGUGGGGGCUGGGGGGGUUCAUGCAGGGGUCUGGAGUUGGGAAUGCCUCCUCUGGGGAGAGACGCCCCCCAACCCCGUUCUGUCUGAGGUUCCUGAAUGAGGCUGAGGAUGGCCAUUCAUUCAGUUGACAGAAUUCCAUGAGGGUACCCCCUGGGCGUGCCCUCUCCUGGGUUACGCUGCCAUGAACCAGGUGGCCCCAAGCCCUGCUCAGACAGUGACAGUUCAGAGUGAGCGAAAUGUGGUGAUGAGGGAGACCUAGGAGAUUGCGGGAGCCCAGGAAAGGUGCCUGGCUCAACCUAGGGUGUGGUGAGGGAGGCUUCCUGAAGGAAAGAUGAGAUCUGAGCAUGACAUCAGAAGGAGAUAAUUGGACAAGGAGCAAAGGGAAAGCUGUUGCAGGCAGAGGGCCCAGCACAAGCAAGGACUGAGUAAAUGCCAGACACUGGGGAGUACUGUGGUAGAGGUAAGGCAGGAGGGGUGAGCAGGGUACAGGACCUCCAGGCUGAGGAAUUCAGACCUUGGCCUGAUGGUACUGGGGAGCCAUAGAGGAUUCUAUGCGGGGGGGCGGGGGGAGAGGAACAGGGUCAGGAAUGGGCUUUAGGAAGCUCUUUCUAGCUGUCAUGAAGAGGUGGACCAGAGGAGAAGACUGAAGCUGGGGGUGUGGGGGAAGCCAAGGCAGGGACCCAAGUGGGUAAGGACAAGACUGGACAGGGGUAGGGCUAGGGGAAAGGAGUAAGAGGUAAGUGAGAGAGGAAGCUGAAUGGACAGGUUAUGGGGCUGAAGGACUGUGGGGGAGGAAAAUGUACAAGGUGAGGCCCAGGUCUCUGGCCAAGGGAGGGAGCUACCUGAUAUAGAACCAGGAAGAAGGUACAGAUUUAGGGAAUAUGCUGAGGCCAGUGGGGGACGGGUGAAUGUGGUGGGCCCAGAAGACAUCCACGGGGUGGUGGCCAGGAGGCCUCAGGGCCCUGGUCGGAGGUUGGAACUGGGGACCGAAAAGAAGGCUACGUUAGCAGAGAUGGGGAAUGAGGCCACUGAGGUGAUGAGACAGCCUCUGGGACUUUCCAUAUUUAAGGAACAGGCAAAGAGAAACCUGGCAAAGAAUACUAAAUAGGAAAAGUAGAUGGAGGGACAGAGUGACGCAAACCAGACAAGUCAGACACAAGUGACUAUUGUGUUCAGUAAUGUCAGGCCAUGGUGACCUCAGUAGAACGGUGUUAGGGGAUUGGUUGGGCAGGGGCCAGAUUCUGCUGAUUUGAGGGUAGGAAGUCAGAAAGUAUAGUUAGGGAACGUAGUCCCUGUGAUUCUGUGGACCUAGGGCCUGGAUCAUCUGGACCUGUCAGUCCUGUGUCUCUGCAAGGCUGGUUCUCACUCUGUCUUGGACUGUCUUAGGCUCCCUCGGACACAAACCUAGAGGUUUGGAAGACCAAACCCUGAGUCUUGGUAACACCGCACCUCAUUGGAGAUCCAGGAAUGGGAUAGGCAGUUAGAGGAACAGGCCCUAGUCUUUCUUUGGAGGUGGGUCCAGAGGCAGAGAAAAUAGGGGUAGGGGAGAUGGACUUAAGUCCUGCAAGUGUUCUCUGGAAUGAUGCUGGUGUGAGGGGCAUGGUGAAGAGGGCCUAAGACUGGACUGGCCAUUCUCAUGACCUGGUGCACGUGACCUUGUCCUCAUGGGAUAACAUCCUAGAUUCUGUAAUGGUUUUCUUGGUGGGUGUAGGCUUUGAAAAACGAGCUUCCACCAGCCAUGGGAACAAUCUGAGUCCCAGGGACCUGGUCUAACUCCCGAGUCCUCCAGAAGGACAAUGAGGUCCUUCUCGUUUGCGGCCCUUGGUGGCUGAGGUCAGGUGAAGCCAUCAGGGUGAGUGAGGUGUGAUGGCCAAGGGGGUUUGGGAGUGGGAAGAUUUGAGAUCUAGUGCCAACCGCAAAAUACCAGUUGCUGCCACGAGGGGGAGCCAGAGGGCACCCUGCCUCAACCCUCACUUUUAAAUUUGAACAAUUUAUUGUGUGCCUACUUGUGCAGCAUGCUGGGAAUUCAAGACUGAGCAAACACAGGCACAGGGUGUGCCCUCACAUAUCUCACCAUUUGGUGGGGAAACAAAUGUUAAAUAAUCACACAGUCCAGUGUAAAUCAUCUGUGGUGACCGUGGUUGGGGGGAGGGAGGAGCGGCAUGAAGGAGAGAUCCACGGAAGCGUGAACCAGGAGACCUGACCCAGGAAUUGAGGUUGAGAGAGGCUUCCUAGAAGAAGUGACUACUCAGCUGAGAUCUGAAGGAUGCUCAGGUUGGAGUUAACUGCACCGGAGGUGGAAAGGGGAUCCGACGCAAAUAGUACAGUGUGCCCAAGUGUAGGGGCUGGGGGGCGGGGUGGGGUGAGGGAAGGGGACAGGUGAUGCAGGACCCUGUAAGCUGCCGGGAAGAGUCUGGGUUUUAUUAGAAGUGGCAUGAGAAGCCAUUGGAGGUUUUGAACAGGGAGGAGAGUAGAGCUCCCUGCUCUUCAGGAAGCUCUAGGGUCAGGUCUGUUUGCAUGUGCAGGGACAGAAGAGAAGAAAGGAGACCAGGGAAGGGGCUACUGCAGUAGUCCAGGCAGAAUGCUGACCCAGAUGAGGUUGGGUCCUGAAGUGGAUGGACUGCAGAGAUAUUUGAGGCUUCCUCACCAGAGACUUCUGUUCCUUAUGCAAAGGAGGACAGUACGGACCACUAUCCAAUGAUCUGGCUCUCGGGCAAGAUUGCAGAGACUGGAAAGAAGAGUUGUGGGACCCUGGUAUCUGCUAUGCAACGAUCCAUCCCUCAGAUGAAGAAGCUGACCUCUCUGUAGCAUAAGAAUUAACUUUUUCCAGGUUCAGGUACCAAACAGAGAGUGGACGUUGGUUCUGCAAGGCAGAGACCAUGGCUGGUUAGGGGGAAUCUCCUUCGAAGAAAUAUAGGCCUGGAAGGGGGACACACACCCAGCGGUAGCUAAUUAUGCAUUUGGAUGCAAAGAGAAUGGGAGGAGAGAGAUGGGGGCACGCUAGUUCCUCUAGCAUGGUCCCCCUUGCCUCUCCAUCUGGGGGCCUGGGUCAUCCCCCACCCCCAUGUAGGAACAAUAUUCCUAUGGACAAAUGAUCCCAUGUAACUAGAAUUUAAAGUUAAAACGUAGCUUUCCAACUCUGCCCAGCAGAGUCCACCAAUUUCCUGAGCUCAGUGAGGGUUACUCCUCUUCCUAUGGUCCAACCCCACUGUGGCUUUGAGAAUACCUUGAGACUAGGUAUCCUGGAACCAAAGUUCCAGGCUCCUUGAGCAUUUUCUCAAAGUAACUGUAGUUCUCAUACAAGGACGCUCCCCUGCCACAUCAAACCUAUGUGUCUGCGUCUGGUGAAGCUAACACAGGCCCCGAGUGUCCCCGAGUCUGGGAUCCCUUCCCUGCCAGGCCUCAGCUAAAGCCGAGCUUUCACAGCUGGUUCCCUGGGCACGUAUGUGGGGGAGUCUGAUAAAGGGGUCCUCUGAAAAGGGAUAUUUCUAUUCUGGGUUGAACCUGAGUGUGGCUUCUGCCUUUGAUUCCUCCCUGAUGUCUCCCUGGUGCCCCUUCCUGUUUCACAAAACAAAAGGAUGGGUAUCAGUGCUUGGUGCUGCCCUGACCUGUACAGAGAGUGAGGCUGGGAACACAGUGUGGAACAUCCCAGCCCCAGAUCCCGCCUUCACAGAGCUCCAGGCCUUGGGGGAAAUACAUGCUCACCGAACAAUGGCACCCCAAAGUGGAGAGGGCUGGGAUGGCGGAAGCACAGGGAAGACUGAUUAGGGCCUGUCGAAGUGCAAGGGAGCCCAGAAUGGGCUCCUUACUGUGCCUGGCUUGGGAGGUGACCUGAAGACCAGGCAGGCUUCUGAACUGUGACCUGUAGAGUCCCACCACAGCACCUCACAUUUAGAAGGACCCUGUGCUUGGUUGAAUGCCCUGCUGUCACCCCCAUGACAUUCAUAAUAAUUUUUAGACAAAGGACUCCACAUUGGCACUUUGUACGGGACCCUGCAUCCUUGAGGGAUAUUACAAAAAGAGCCAGGAGAGGAGAGGGUCUUCUAAGGACAGAGAACAAUGUGUGCAAAACACGAGGAGAGAGGAUUGUACUCUUGAAGGGCUAGUUGAAGUUCUGUGUAGCUAGAGCACAGAGUGGAAGCUGGGGGAGCGUAAGGGGCGAGUUCCAGAAGCUGGGAGGUGUCAGCGGCCGGGCUGACAAGCAGUGGCUCUAUUCCAGGGGCCCUAAGGAGCCACUGCGGAGGAAUGGGGUCAGGUCUGAACUUCGGAAAGAUCCAUCUGUCUGUGGUGGGGAGGGGGGCUAGGGCCACAUGACAAAGAACAAGUUCUGGUGGGAGGCUGGGCUGCCCGUGGAAAGGAUCAGAGUGUCUGGUCAUCAGGAUGCAGGCUUAUGAAGAUCCUUGAAUACAUGGGUGACAGAACCCCAAGGCACCAAGACACUGGCCAGGGAGACCCAAAGCCACAGGCUGAAUCCAGAGCUUCAUUUGCACUUGAAGAUCUUCACGGUUGGGGGAUGUGCUCAAGGGUAGGUUAAUGGGUGUCACUGAUAGGUACUUGAAAAUCUUUAUAGAGAACUCACAUGGAUAGACUGAUGAAAGUGAAUGCAAAAUUGGCAAGAAUUUAGAGUAUAAAAUGUAAGACUUCAAAGGACUUUAUUCUGGGUAUAUUCUGGCUUU